CUCCAUCUGCAGCUCCAAAUGUGACAAUGACUUUUGCCACUUCCUACUCCAUCACUAUCAAUUGGGAGUUGGUGCCUUGUGAACAUCGGAAUGGAGAUAUUACUGGCUACUCAGUGAGAUAUGGAGAGAUGGGGACCAACAUGACACACACGACUGUGCUGAAUAUUACUGGAGCCAGUGUAACUGAGGCUACCAUCUCUAACCUGACGCUGUCUACUACCUACUCAAUUCAAGUUGCAGCAGUCAACAGUGCUGGUACUGGAGUGCUCAGUAAUGCCACUCUCGUAAAGACUUUCGAAAAAAGUGUACAUCUAAGUUUUAGACAAAAAGUAAUUGCCAACAAUAGCUAUGUGAUACUGGAUGACAUUGGCCACACUGAUGACACUGCUCUAGUCUGCCACACGAACUACCCUCCUCCUCACGGUAAUGCCAAUUCUGAUGGAGAUUGGUAUGCUCCAAAUGGGAAGAGAGUGGGAGGUGACAAUAGGCCUGGUGACCUGGGGUUUGUGAGAAACAGAGGUCCUCAUGUGGUGAGACUGAAGAGAUCAACUGCUGGUACUCCACUUGAGGGGAUAUACAGGUGUGUGAUCCAGGACCACACAAAGAAAAAGAAAACAGUUAAUGUCAGACUC